UAAAUACACAGUUCAAAAUGAGGACAGACUCUUUGACUUUUUCUGGCUGUCAGUCUUUGUGUAUCAUGUUUAUUGUUGUCAUAAUGAACUGCACCGGUGAUCAUUCUCAUGGGAUAUGUGCACUCUAACACAAAUCAGUGGAACAUGAGCUCGAUCUGUGAACAUGUAUUUCUACACGCUUGUACAUCGCUGCUGGAUCACAUCAUACAAAUGCUCUUCUAAACAUCACAAUACAGAGAUUUCUGACAGAGAAGAGCUGGAGAACUCAAUCAGGAUCUACUCAUCCGUCUAUGAAACACAGUUGAACUGACGGCUGUUUUCUGGAAGACAGAGAAUCUACCAUCCUUAAAAUCACUGAAACUUUGACCCUACAAAUUUAAUUAUGUGAUUCUUUUAACAAAACCAAUAAAAUAAUGUUACACCACUAUUGUUGAUGGUGUUUAUUUCUAAUAAACUGAUUGCCAAAACAGUUUUGUGAAUUUCUUAAAAAUAAAAAUAAAAAAGGAAGAUGAAAUAGCCCUAAUCCUCAUUCAGAUUCAUAUUUCUGUUGCUUGCAAUAAAAUGAACAAUAACUACAAUAAAAUAUGAAUAAACUGUGUCGUUACAGCUAAUUGCCUUGGUAACCGUUUCAUUUAGUUUAAUGUACUAACAUUAAAUUUAAUUAAACUAAACCAAGCAAAUAAAAAAAUAACAAAUAACACAAUUGUAAAUAACAUGCCUCAUCUUCGUUUAGCCUGCUGAAAAGUUUACUUUGUUACAGAGCGACCUCUGCUGCGCAAUUGGCUAAUAGAUUUUUGCAAUGACAUUUUCCAUUAGUUAAAAGCAAGAAUGAUGCUCCCGUUAAUACCAGUAAAGCUGCUUUUAAAACGAUCUGUAAUGUUUUGUUUAAAGCGCUAUAUAAUUAAAUCUGAAUAGACACAUGUGGGAUCUAGAUUUACUUUGCUUUAGUAAUGACUUGCUACGUUUUAAAUAUGAUACACGUGCUAUAACAUUCUUUUCUUUCCAUUAAUUUAGCAGUAUUUGCACAUGCAUCUUACAUUUUUUUUUUUUUUAAAUCUACUUUGCAUGUUACUGUAAAUUAAAACAUCAUGCAAACCCAUUCUAACGUACACAAAGUUAGGUAGGACUUUAAUGCAUAAUUGCUUUUAUACCAACAACAUCUCAUGAUUUCACUUUGCUUAAGUAAUAACUUCCUACGUUCUAUAUCUGAUACACGUGCAAUAACUGUCUUUUUUGCAUUCAUUUUGCAGUAUUUGCACAUGCAACUUACAUUUCUUUACAAAAAGUAUCUCUCUCUCUCUCUCUCUCUCUCUCUCACUCUCUCUCUCUCUCUAUAUAUAUAUAUUUGCAUGUCACUGUAAAUUAAAACAUCAUGCAAACCCAUUCUAACAUACAUAACGUUAGGUAAGACUUUAAUUCGUAUAAGCUUGGAUACCAACAUCUCGUGAUACCAAGCUGCAUGCCCUUCUUCCAUCCCAUCAUCCCGUCUAUUCUUCGCAUGGAAGGUUCCAGCGCCGGAGCUCGAGAAGAAAUAAAUUAAACUUGAGUUGACACAUGUUGGAUCUAGACUUAAUUUGCUUUAGUAAUGACUUGAUACGUUCUAUAUCUGAUACACGUGCUAUAACUUUAUUUUCUUUUUUUCUAUUUGCACAUGCAUCUUACAUUUCUACUCUAUUUGCAUGUUACGGUAAAUUAAAACACCAUGCAAACCCAUUCUAACAUACACAAAGUUAGGUAGUAGCCUACUUUAAUUCAUAAUUGCUUGGAUGCCAACAUCUUACUUUGCUUUAGUAAUAACUUGCUACGUUCUAUAUCUGAUACAGUGCUAUAGCUGUCUUUAUUUUCUUUCUUUCUUUUUGCGUAAAUUUUUCAGUAUUUGCACAUGCAACUUACAUUUCUUGAAAAAAAAAAAAAACUACUUUGCAUAUCACUGUAAAUUAAAACAUCAUGCAAACCCAUUCUAACAUACAUAACGUUAGGUAUGACUUUAAUUCAUAAUUGUUUGGAUACCAACAUCUGUUGAUACCAUUCUGCAUGCCCUUCUCCCGUCUAUUGUUCUCGUGGAAGGUUCCGGCGCCGGAGCUCGAGAAGGUUCUGGAGCACCGCGGUUUAUAUAAGAGCGACAGCGCGCGCUGCGCUCAGCAGCAGUACAACAGUCACACAAGCAGAGAGACGAACUCAGCGACACAGCGCGCCGGCUUUAACUCUUCCUUUAUUCCUCUGAUUCUGUCAAAGAUGGUUCGAGAAACCGGCUUCUACGAUCUGCUCGGCGUCAGUCCCAAAGCCUCGCUGGACGAGAUCAAGAAGGCAUAUCGGAAACUGGCGCUGAAAUAUCACCCGGACAAAAACCCGAACGAGGGCGAGAAAUUUAAACUAAUAUCACAAGCCUACGAGGUCCUGUCCGAUCCCAAAAAGAGGGAUUUGUAUGACCAAGGAGGCGAACAAGCCAUAAAGGAGGGAGGCAUGGCAGGAGGAGAAUCUCCCAUGGACAUUUUCAACAUGUUCUUCGGCGGCGGAGGCAGAAUGCAGAGAGAAAGGAGAGGUAAGAAUGUGGUUCACCAGCUGGGAGUCACACUGGAGGAAUUAUACAAUGGCUCGACAAGAAAACUUGGCCUUCAGAAGAACGUGAUCUGUGAGAAAUGUGAAGGUUAUGGAGGCAAAAAAGGCACAAUUGAAAAAUGCUCAACUUGCAAAGGAAGAGGGGUUCAGGUCCAGGUGCAACAGAUCGGACCGGGAAUGAUCCAGCAGAUCCAGAGCAUGUGCUCCGACUGCCAAGGACAGGGAGAGAGGUUCAACUCCAAAGACCGCUGCAAGAACUGCAAUGGACACAAAGUAGAGCGCAAGAAGAAGAUUCUUGAAGUCCAUAUCGACAAAGGUAUGAAGGACGGCCAGAAGAUCACAUUCAGCGGAGAAGGAGAUCAAGAGCCUGGACUGGAGCCUGGUGAUGUUAUAAUCGUACUGGAUUUGAAAGAUCACCCCGUCUUCCAAAGACAAGAAGACAACCUGAUGAUGAAGAUGAAGAUCAAGCUGGUGGAGGCGCUCUGUGGGUUCAAAAAGACGAUCUGCACGCUAGAUAACCGAUCGUUGCUCAUUCACUCACCUCCAGGUCAAGUAAUAAAGCCUAAUGAUCUAAAAUGUAUUCAUAAUGAGGGCAUGCCUGUGUACAGAGACCCUUAUGAGAAAGGGCUUCUCAUCAUAAAGUUUGAGAUCGAGUUCCCAGAUAAACACUGGCUACCUGAGCACAUGCUGCCUGACCUGGAGAGGCUACUUCCUGUCAGAGAACAUAUCAUGAUGUCAGAUGAUAUGGAGGAGGUGGACCUGUGUGAAGUAGACUAUGAAAGACAGGAGAGAAACCGCAGCGGUGAAGCCUACGAUGAAGACGAAGGGCCCAGGCAUGGUGGCGUCCAGUGCCAGACUCAGUAAACGUCAUGGAGAAGAAACACUGGAGCAGUCCUCGUGUCGCUGCACAUGUAAACUCAAUAUUAGGCUGGUUUAAUGUAGUUCGUGCAGAGCUAUACGUACAGCAAGAGUUUCCUCACCAAGCCUUACGAAACGGACCACUUUCUUUCAUUGCAAUUGUUCUUUCUGAAGCGUCCUAGGAGGAACCAGGAGUGUUUGGCAAAAAACACCAGAAAUGAGUAUUAACGGACAUUCAAUUAAAGCAACUAUUUUGGAUAAAAAUGUCAUUUACAAAUGGUAUUUAAUAGUGACGGAAAUGUGCAUGUAAACUAUUAUUUAUGUUCGAGUAUGUUGACUUUUGUAUGUUAUUCUAUAGAUGUGCUUUGGUCAAGAGCGGGGGACGCAUUUUUCUGCCAGUUGAAAAUCUGUAUUUGUAUAUUUUCUAAGAAUGAGACACACCAUAUAUUUAAUGUGUUGUUUCUUUCUUUUCACAAAUCAAACAUUUCAUUAAAAUUCCUCCUUAAAUAUACUGUACAUAAUUGCAACUGAAUAAAAUCAAUCUCAAAGAUC